GCUGCGCGGCUGUGCGCAGCGCGGACUUUGCUUUGUGCCCGCGGUCGCAGCAGGACGGCCCGCAGCCAUGGAAGAGUUAAUAGUAGAGCUGCGACUGUUUCUUGAACUUCUGGACCAUGAAUAUCUGACUUCCACUGUCAGAGAGAAGAAGGCAGUAAUAACUAACAUUCUCCUGAGGAUACAGUCAUCUAAAGGUUUUGAAAUAAAAGAACAUGUGCAGAAACCAGAAGUUGCCAACAGCCUGCCAGCACCUCCUCAAAUGCCUCUGCCAGAAAUACCUCAGCAGUGGCUGCCACCAGAUAAUGGGCCUCCGCCUUUACCGACAUCUUCCCUUCCAGAAGGCUAUUAUGAAGAGGCAGUGCCACUUAGUCCUGGGAAGGCUCCUGAAUAUAUCACUUCCAAUUAUGACUCAGAUGCUAUGAGCAGCUCUUAUGAAUCCUAUGAUGAAGAGGAAGAGGAUGGAAAGGGGAAGAAAAUGAGACAUCAGUGGCCUUCUGAGGAGGCCUCUAUGGAUCUGGUGAAGGAUGCCAAAAUUUGUGCCUUCCUACUUAGAAAGAAACGAUUCGGGCAAUGGACCAAACUACUGUGUGUUAUCAAAGAAAACAAACUACUGUGUUACAAAAGUUCUAAGGACCAGCAGCCCCAGAUGGAGCUGCUCCUGAAUGACUGCAGCAUCACCUACAUCCCCAAAGACAGCAAAAAGAAGAAACAUGAGCUGAAAAUCUCGCACCAAGGAGCAGAUGCACUAGUUCUGGCAGUACAGAGCAAAGAGCAGGCGGAGCAGUGGCUAAAGGUAAUAAAAGAUGUGUGCAACAACUGUACGGGCACUGUGGACUCUGACGGGCCAUUGUCUAGUUCUCCAGUACACAAGACAGAGCUGGAAAAGAAGUUGUCAUCUGAGAGACCAAGUUCAGAUGGGGAGGGUGCUGUGGAAAAUGGCAUCACCACAGUGUGCAAUGGAAAAGAACAAGUGAAGAGGAAAAAAAGUUCAAAAACAGAAGCCAAGGGCACUGUGACUAAAGUAACAGGGAAAAAGAUAACGAAGAUCAUUGGUUUAGGAAAGAAAAAGCCAUCAACAGAUGAACAGACCUCAUCAGCUGAAGAAGAUGUUCCAACAUGUGGAUAUCUCAAUGUGCUCUCAAAUAACCGUUGGCGUGAGCGCUGGUGCCGAGUGAAAGACAAUAAACUCAUUUUCCACAAGGACAGGACAGAUCUGAAGACACAUAUUGUUUCUAUCCCUCUCCGUGGAUGUGAAGUCAUCCCAGGACUGGAUUCAAAGCAUCCCCUGACCUUCCGGCUGCUUCGAAAUGGGCAGGAGGUUGCUGUGCUUGAGGCAUCUUCCUCUGAAGACAUGGGCAGAUGGAUAGGGAUGUUGCUUGCAGAAACGGGAUCUUCGACAGACCCCGGAGCUCUGCACUAUGACUACAUCGAUGUGGAAAUGACAGCAAGUGUCAUCCAGGCUGCAAAACAGACCUUCUGUUUUAUGAACAGGCGAGUUAUAUCCACAAAUCCGUACCGGGGAAGCACUGCCAAUGGCUAUGCAUGUCCGAGUGGAAUGGCACUUCAUUACGAUGAUGUUCCCUGCAUAAAUGGAUCGUGGGAACCAGAAGAUGGCUUUCCUUCUUCUCGUAGCAGGAACAUGGGAGAAGAAAUGCUUUAUGAUAACGCAGGCCUGUACGAUAACUUGCCGUCUCCAAAAAUCUUUGCGCGCUAUCCGCCAGCUGACAGGAAAACCAAUAGGUUAUCUACUGACAAACUCUCCUCUAACCAUUACAAACACCCUGUCUCAUCCAAUCUGUCUUCUGCUCAGUCUGUCACUAAUACCUCUGCUGUGGGGAGGGGAUCUGUCUCGCAGUUUAAAGGCAAGAAGCCUCCUGCAACUUCUAACGGGAUCACUGGAAAAGUGAGAACAUUAAAUAGCCAACCUAAGAAACCUGACUCAGUGUCAUGUGUGAAGCGCACAGCAUCCAAUGCAGAACAGUACAAAUAUGGUAAGAAUCGUGUGGAGGCUGAUGCAAAGAGGCUACAGAGCAAAGAAGAGGAACUGCUAAAGAGGAAAGAAGCGCUGCGGAAUAGGCUGGCCCAGCUCCGAAAAGAAAGGAAAGAUCUACGUGCUGCCAUUGAAGUGAAUGCUGGCAGGAAGACCCAAGUGAUUCUUGAAGACAAGUUAAAGAAGCUGGAAGAGGAAUGUAAAACAAAGGAGGCUGAGCGUGUAAACCUGGAGCUAGAACUGACUGAGGUGAAAGAGAGCCUUAAGAAAGCCCUGGCUGGUGGCAUCACACUGGGCUUGGCUAUUGAGCCCAAGUCAGGAACAUCAAGUCCACAGUCCCCAGUUUUCAAGCACCGAACUUUGGAAAACUCUCCAAUCUCCAGUUGUGAUACCAGUGACACCGAAUGCUCAAUACCUGUGAACAGUGCAGCAGCUCUGAAGCGACCUCCCUCAUCGAAUAGUUCUCCAUGUCGGGGGCAUGUACUUCGAAAAGCAAAGGAAUGGGAGAUGAAGAAUGGAACAUAAGUACAGCAAAACCACUCACUUUCCAUAAAGGCUUUGCCUAUUAUGGACCACAACAUAGGCUGCAAAGGACUCAUCCGGUGUAUCAAGCGAUACAACAUAAGAGGUUUUAUAAUUCUGUUAAGUUAAUGGUAGCUUGGCGCUAAUUUGCCUGUAUUCCCUCUACUGUAUUGCUGUGUAACUACAUGUGCCCCUUUUUAUUACCUGUAACUCUUUAUUUCCAGCUUCACUGGUAACACAAAUGGAAACCAAAAAGCAAACCAACCAUAGUAAGUAAAAAGAGGCAUAUAGUUGCAAUUGAAAGUUUACUUUGCUGAAACAGUACAGACCAGCAAUGUGAAUUACAUUGCAUCAAAUGGCCUGAACAGCACUGAAGACUGGUGCAUUAUUUAAGACAGAUGUGAACUCAUUUCAGAUAAGUACUCUUGCAGGUAACACUGCUUUGGAGAGCUCUGCAUGCCACAAGUGAGGCCACGUUGCUAUUAGCGGUCCAUGUGGCAAAAGAAAACUGAAGAAAUGGCUUCACAUGAAUGGCAUGACUUGCUUGGACUGGGAAGUGGGGAAUUUGUCACUGCUACUGCCUUGAUGGCAGUGAGAGACAGUGGAAUGACACAACUCAGCUGUGAAGAGUUUUUGGAUGCUUUUUAAGAUAGAUUUUUGUCAUUGGGAAAUAAAAAGCUUCCACAUAUUGAAAAAAUAGAUUUUAGUACAUUAGCUUUAUUCUGAGGCACCAGUCAUUUUCCAAAGUCUUGUUGUCUAGCAGUGAUUCAUUUCUGAUUUUGUUAGAAGGCAAACAGGUAUUUUUAGAUAUUACUUCUUUUCUAUACUUUUUGAAAAAGAAAAAGAAACGUAAUUGAAAUUAAUACUCAACAGAUAAUGGCAACUCAGAAUAGCUUUUGAGGUCUGUCAUGUUUUUUUUUAAAAUAUAGUAUUGUUAAACUUGAGUUAUAGAACACUGCUGUACUUCAUUUUCUUCAUCUUUUCAGACCUCAGCUGUUAUUUUUGAGGAAGACAAGACUGAAAGGAUGAUAAUUUUAAGUCUUUUUUAUAAACAUUUUUACAAAGAAUUGGGGAUUUUCUCAGACAGAAGUCGGAUUUCUAGGAAUCAGUAUCUUGUAUUUUAAUCUGUGACAUUGUAGACGUGUUCAUCUUUGUCUCUAUCCGUGUCACUCCUGUGAAAUUACAUGCAUUAAAUUGCCAGCUGAAGCCUUUCAAAAUCUCAAGAUUGGCAUAAGACAGAGAGAAAAAAACAACAUGUAAUAAAUUGGGGUUUUUAUUCUCUGUGUCUUUUUUUUUUAAGCUUUUGGAGAGCCUUCAGUCAUGUUCUCAAGAUUUUUCUCCUCAACUGUGAAGAUUAAAAAACUAAUUUAAGAAAAUUUGAAAUAGUACUCAUAUUUUGAGAUAAUUGGAAAAGUUAGGGUUGGAAUCUUGGUAGAUGGUUAGGACUUGCAAUUCAAAAUCGCAGAAGCUGGCAAUGCAAUAGUUAUCAAGGAUGGCAGAUCUCUUUAUGGCCCAGGCCCACAGGUUGCCUCUUCCCUUUAGGAAGAACUGUAAGUCCUGAAGCCUACACAGGUUGUGACAGCUGAUGUGGUCAGCUGAGCAUUCAGCUCAUUCCUGACCUGCAUCAGAGGCACUCCUGUGAGAGCUGUUUGGAUCAGUAAACCCAGGGCCCCAGCACUGAGCUGUCAGUAAGUCUCUACACACAGCAGCUCGCUCCAGUCAGGCCACCGUGAAUGCCAAGUGCUUUUGAAAAGUAGGUCCAUAGCAGUCCAUAUCCAAGGGCUAAAUCCUGUUCCCAAAUGCAGUUAGGGAUCUAACUGACCUUAGCAGAGGAGAAAAGAAACGGGGCUCAAAAUUAGAGAAGGUUCUUUGCUUCUUGGGACUGUGCUUUGCACAAGGAGCCACGAGAAUGCGAAUAUAAUGGGAAACACAUAUCAAAGUGGUUCUCUGUGAAACCAGGAUAUAUAUAUAUAUAUUUUAUAUUAGUUUAGGUCUGCUUACUUACUGACUCUGUAAGUGGAGAGUACAUCCCAUACUGUAUGACUAUGGACUAAGCAGUAUCAAGUUCCCAUAAAUUUUAGCAAAAAUAAAUUUGAAAGAAAAGUUCAUUUAGGCUUUUUAUUUCAAAUUAAGUUAUUUAUUUGUAUAUUUCAAUAAAUAUUUAUUUUAUAUCUGUACAUAUUUAUGAUGAAAUUAGGCUUCUAGUCAACAUUUGCAAGGAUGGAACAGUUCCCAUUAAGUGGUCCCACAUCAAGUAACGCAGAGUAAUCAAAAGUAAUCAAAUUCAAUUCCUUUGAGUCAAUCUUAUUUACCCAAUAUUGGUGUUGUAUCUUCCAUGCCCUUUCACCUGUCCUCCUGCAAAGGGUCCUUAAAGCCAUUCCCCCUCCCCUGUAACCCCAUACUGCAAUUGUAUGUUUCUAAUGUCUAAGUGCAUUGGUAACACUGCAAUUAUCCUUUAGUGACAUAUCUAUUCUGUAUAAUAGCCAAGGUUUUGAAAGGAUGAAACAACAGCAAACAACAACUCUGGAAAUAACCUCUUGAUAGACCACAUCCAGUGCUGUGAAAUACAUUCCAUUUUGUCUAACAGUACUGUUGCAGUGCGAUUUAUAUGAAAAGCAACAGAGCAUGUAUUUUCCAUGUUUUUAUGAUUUCAGGAUCACCAGACAAAGUCAGCAAUAGAGCAGUAUGACUUUUUAAAUGGAAAAAUAUUGUAUCUUAAAACAUUGCAUUUCUGUGUCUUUUGACAAGAUGUUAUACUCGUGCUUCCUCAAACUCUUUUUACUGUACCAGGUGCUUUGAAAUUUUUUUUAAUAAAUAGGUGAUGAUUUUUUAAAGACAACAUCAUAAUCUUGGGGGAUCAAAUGUGGGUUUUUUUAAUGAGAUGAUUUUGGUAAUUUGAUUUUUCAGAGGGAGAGUACUUAAUUUACUUUUUUUUUUUUUUUUUUUUUUCAUUUAAGACACUUUCAAACUAAUUGGCCCAGGCUGUGUGUUGUAAGAUAAUGUUCUCAUAUUAAGAAUGUAAUUAUUUCCUUAUUGUAUUUUUUAAAAACAAAAUCAUAUUUAAAAAUCUCUGUGAAAAAAAGCAUGAAAGAAACAUGAAAAAAAGUUUUUGUUUUAUUUUUGUUAUUGGAUAUGUUGGCAGUGCCCGUUAUAAUUGACUGUAAAUAUAGUCUUUCUACUGUAUUUCUCAACGUAUUUAAUUUUGUCUUUUGGCACACAUUCAUAGAAACUUCUGUUUAAAAAAAAAAAAAAAAAAAGUUCAAAACAGACCCACCUACAAAUGUGUGUCUUAGUAGCUUCAACUAACUUUAUGCCUUUCUAGUUUAUUCUUCAGAAAGUCUUGCAGAGUGUGAAAAAAGACAGGCACCUGGUAGGUGCGACAGAUCCCAGACCAUGAUUAAUAAA